AUGGGGCAGCCUGCAGUGGUGCAGCAACCUACACUCCCAGCCUUUGUCCAGCCGCUACAAGAAAAGAAGAACCCCACAUCUGCAGCACUCAAUCUGCAGGGUUCAGUAACCACUUUGCAGGGGCAAUCACCUGCAGAAAAUGUACCAAGAGCUCAUGAAGUUACGAUCAACAUUGGGAAGUCACGAGCUCGGAUCGUAACAAGUGGUAUUCAGAGCAGUCGAUCUCCGGAAACUGGAACGGUGACGCGAGGCGCUGAAAUGGAGAAGAAAAUGGCGGAUUUGAUGGAUCAGAAGUUAAGUGAGCGUGAUCAAGUCAUACAAGAGCAGGAAAUCCAAAUUUUGGAAUUGAGGCAAGCAAUUGCUGCGAUUAAUUUGCAGAAUCAGAAAAACAACGCAGCAAUGGAUAAUGGUGAAGGAAGUAGCGAAGGAAAAUCAGAUUGGGGAAGAUCUACUCGAUAUGAGUUUCCUAAAUUUGAUGGUGAAGGAUUUGAAGGUUGGAUGAUGAGAGCUGAAUAUUUUUUUCAAGUAGCAAGGGUACCGGAGGCGGAGAAAGUGAAAGUAGCAGCAAUUCAUAUGGAAGGAAAAGCUCUCCAAUGGCAUAGAGGAUUUUUGACUCUACAUGGAGAUGAGGCGUCUGUUGAUUGGAGAUAUUACAUCUCGUGCGUAGCAGCUCGCUUUGGAGCUCAUGCCUUUGAGGAUCCGCUUGCAGAUCUGAGGAAUCUCAAACAAAAAGGUACGCUACACUCAUACAUGGAUACUUUUGAUGAGCUAUAUCCUAGAGUUGGUAUUAGAGAGGAUCAAGCACUUAGUUUCUUCUUAUCUGGACUCAUUGAUGAACUGCAAAUGCCAGUAAGGAUGUUUAGACCUAAGAGUUUGGCUGAAGCUUACUCACUAGCUAAAUUGCAAGACUUAACGGUGAAGGCUCUGGGACUUAAACCUAAAGGAAUGCAGAGUAAUGCUUAUCCUAAUAGCAGCUAUUAUUCGAAUAGUAAAUCUAUGGCAGUAACAUCUACUAGUAAACCUGUAGUGAAUACUAAUACUUGGAAUGGGGGAAUUAAGGAACCUAAUCGCCUAGGAGGUGUGCGAGCUAGUACAAAUCUAUCACCUAAAGAAUUAGAUGAAAAGAGAGCUAAGAAGGAGUGUUUUUGGUGCACUGAGAAAUUCACUCCAAAUCAUCAAUGCUCUAAAAGAAAGUCUUAUGUUAUACAAUUAAUAGAGCUUGAGGGAGUAGCAAGCUGUGAGGAGCACGAAAUUAAUGAGGAUGACACAGAAACAGAAGAGCAGCUUGACCUCCAACUGUCUUUACAUGCGGUUUGGGGAAAAGAUGGACCUCAGGUGAUGAGGAUUCGAGGUGUUUGUCAUAAGAAAAUCUUGAAAAUACUGAUUGACACAGGGAGCACUCAUAAUUUUUUGAGUACUAAAGUGGCUAAAAAGAUUAAAUGUCAGCUUACUACUGUUAAUUCCAAGGCUGUGGAGGUGGCUAAUGGCCAACUAUUGCAGUGUAAUCAGAAAUGUGAUAAGCUAGAAUGGGAAAUGCAAGGGUCUCGAUUCCAUGCAGAGGUUUAUUUGAUUCCUCUGGAGACUUAUGAUUUAAUUUUGGGUGGAGAAUGGUUAUCUACAUUGGGUGAGAUCACAUGGAACUUUAAUAAAUUGAGUAUGCAGUUUGAAGUCUGUGGAAAUAAAGUGAAAUUGCAAGGUGAAUUAUGGUCACCAAAAUAUGAUCAGCUCCAUUGUUUACAUGUCUUUAACCAAACUGAGGUGGAUGAAGAAGAGAGAAAGCUCAGUCAGAUGAUACCUUCCAUAGAUGGUGAUAUUAGAUGCUGUUAUGGAGUAAGUACAGAGGAAAUUUGGCCAAGUCUCAGCUCCAUACUGAUGGAAAAUGAGAAAAUCUUUAUGGAACCAGUGACUUUACCACCUCAACGAGAACAAGAUCACAAGAUUGUUCUAAAAGAGGGCUCUGAUGCAGUCAACAUAAGACCCUAUAAGUAUGCUGCUAAACAGAAAGAUGUGAUUGAGACAAUGAUUGCUGAAAUGCUUAACUCAGGGGUUAUAAGGCAUAGUGGGAGCUCUUUUGCUAGUCCUAUUGUCUUGGUUAAGAAGAAAGAUUCCUCAUGGAGAAUGUGUGUUGAUUACAGAGCUUUAAAUGCUAUUACAGUCAAAGACAAGUAUCCAAUACCGGUUAUAGAGGAGCUUUUGGAUGAGUUGGGUGGUGCUAAAUGGUUUUCUAAGAUUGAUUUGAGAUCUGGGUACUGGCAAGUUCGAAUGAGACCAGAGGAUAUUCAUAAAACAGCUUUCAAAACACAUUCGGGUCACUAUGAAUUUGUGGUGAUGCCAUUUGGUUUAACCAAUGCUCCUGCCACUUUUCAAAAUCUAAUGAACACUGUGUUCAGAGAUUACUUGAGGAAAUUCAUCUUGGUUUUUUUUGAUGACAUAUUAAUCUACAGCCGAAGCAUGGAAGACCAUGAAUUACAUCUUAAAAUUGUGAUGGCUUUGAUGAAUGAACAUAAGCUAUUAGCCAAGAGAUCUAAAUGUACAUUUGGUUGUACAAAAGUUGAGUACUUGGGCCAUGUAAUAUCUGCAGAGGGAGUAUCUACUGAUGAGGGAAAAAUUGAAGCUGUGAAAAAUUGGCCUAAACCAAAAUCCAUCAAACAUGUCAGAGGCUUUCUGGGAUUAACUGGGUACUACAGGCGAUUUGUGUAUGGUUAUGGGGUCAUUGCACGGCCAUUGAUAGAUUUAACUAAAGACACGACUUUCAGAUGGACUGAAAAAGCUCAGGAGGCUUUUGAGAAAUUGAAGACUGCCAUGGAGAGGCACCCCAUAGCUUUCAUCAGUAGAGCUUUAUCACCAAGACAUCAGGUUCUUUCAGUUUAUGAAAAAGAGUUGUUAGCUAUAUUGAUGGCAGUUAAGAAGUGGUACCAUUAUUUGCAAUGUAAGAAAUUUAUCAUCUUGACUGAUCAUCAAAGUCUGAAAUAUCUAAUAGAGCAGAAAUUAACCACUCCUACUCAACAAGCUUGGAUGACUAAGCUUAUGCAAUUCGACUAUGAGAUCAGGUACAAAAAAGGCAGUGAGAACACAGCAGCUGAUGCCUUAUCAAGAGUGCCUGAAGCCAUGAUAUUUGCUCUAACUUCCUUUAUGAUUCCUCUGGAACUCAUUGCAAAAAUUAAGGAAUCUUGGGAGAGUGAUCCACAAAUUCAGCUUAUACUACAAGAAAAACAACAGGAUUCUGCGUCUCAUCCUAAAUUCAGCUUUGUAAAUGGAGAAUUGAGAAGGAAGGGCAAGCUAGUGAUUGGUAAUGACUUACUUUUAAAGGCUCAAAUCUUAUCCUUGUUCCAUGAAUCUGCUAUGGCUGGUCACUCUGGUGUAUUGGGAACCUACAAGAGAAUCUCUGCUCUGUGUUAUUGGCCAAAGAUGAGAAAAGAUAUCUGA